AGGAGGAGGAGGAGAGACGAGGGUAGCGGAGGAGGCGAGGAGUGCCGGGUACCGGGCCGGGGGAGCCGCGGGCUCUCGGGGAAGACACGGAUGAUGAACAAGCUUUACAUCGGGAACCUGAGCCCCGCCGUCACCGCCGACGACCUCCGGCAGCUCUUCGGGGACAGGAAGCUGCCCCUGGCGGGACAGGUCCUGCUGAAGUCUGGCUACGCCUUCGUGGACUACCCGGACCAAAACUGGGCCAUCCGCGCCAUCGAGACCCUCUCGGGUAAAGUGGAAUUGCAUGGGAAAAUCAUGAAAGUUGAUUACUCAGUCUCUAAAAAGCUCAGGAGCAGAAAAAUUCAGAUUAGAACUAUCCCUCCUCACCUGCAGUGGGAGGUCUUGGAUGGACUUUUGGCUCAGUAUGGGACAGUGGAGAAUCUCGAACAAGUCAACACAGACACAGAAACUGCGGUUGUCAACGUCACAUAUUCAACAAGAGAAGAAGCAAAAACAGCCAUUGAGAAGCUGAGCGGGCAUCAGUUUGAGAACUAUUCCUUCAAGAUUUCCUACAUUCCGGAUGAAGAGGUGAGCUCCCCUUCGCCCCCUCAGCGAGCCCAGCGUGGGGACCACUCUUCCAGGGAGCAAGGCCACGCCCCUGGGGGCUCUUCUCAGGCCAGACAGAUUGAUUUCCCGCUUCGGAUCCUGGUCCCCACCCAGUUUGUUGGUGCCAUCAUCGGAAAGGAGGGCUUGACCAUAAAGAACAUCACUAAGCAGACCCAGUCCCGGGUAGACAUCCAUAGGAAGGAAAACUCUGGGGCCGCGGAGAAGCCCGUCACCAUCCAUGCCACCCCAGAGGGGACUUCGGAAUCGUGCUGCAUGAUUCUUGAAAUCAUGCAUAAGGAGGCUGAUGAGACCAAAAUUUUGAAUAUAUCAUCCCACUCCCUCCUGGCCUGCAACAUUUCUACCAAGAAAUCCACCGAUAAUAUGGAAACUCUGAGAACUGAAGAGAUUCCUCUGAAAAUCUUGGCCCACAAUCGCUUGGUUGGAAGACUUAUCGGAAAAGAAAGCAGAAAUUUGAAGAAAAUUGAACAUGAAACUGGGACCAAGAUAACAAUUUCAUCCUUGCAGGAUUUGAGCAUAUACAACCCUGAAAGAACCAUCACUGUGAAGGGCACAGUCGAGGCCUGUGCCAGUGCUGAGAUGGAGAUUAUGAAGAAGCUACGUGAGGCCUUUGAAAAUGACAUGCUGGCUGUAAAUCAACAAGCCAACCUGAUCCUGAGGUUGAACCUCAGCGCACUUGGCAUCUUUUCAACAGGAUUAUCUGUGCUUCCUCCACCCGCAGGGCCCUGAGGACCUCCCCCUGCUCCCCCCUACCACCCGUUCUCUACCCACUCCGGAUACUUCUCCAGCUUGUACCCCCCUCACCAGUUCAGCCCGUUCCCGCAUCAUCUCUUCAUCCCUAUCCAGGCCCUCGGGGCAAUCAUCGGGAAGAAGGGCGCGCACAAGCAGCUGGCUCAGUUUGCGGACGCCUCCAUCAAGAUUGCCCCAGCGGAAGGCCCAGACGUCAGUGAAAGGAUGGUCAUCAUCACCCGACAGCCAGAAGCCCACUUCAAGGCUCAGGGGCGGAUCUUUGGGAAACUGAAAGAAGAAAACUUCUUUAACCCCAAAGAGGAGGUGAAGUUGGAAGCCCACAUCAGAGUGCCCUCUUCCACCGCUGGCCGGGUGAUCGGCAAGGGCGGCAAAACCGUGAAUGAACUGCAGAACCUAACCAGCGCAGAAGUCAUCGUGCCUCGCGACCAAACGCCCGAUAAAAACGAGGAAGUGAUCGUCAGAAUUAUUGGACAUUUCUUUGCGAGCCAGACCGCACAGCGCAAGCACGGGAAUCUCGUACAACAGGUGAAGCAGCAGGAGCAGAAAUACCCUCAGGUAUUUCACAGCGCUGCAAGUGAGGCUCCCACAGGCACCAGCAAAACAACGGAUGAAUGUAGCCCUUCCAACACCUGA